AUGGAGUACACAAAGGAAAAAAAGGUUGGUGAGGGAACGUAUGCUGUUGUCUAUCUUGGAACCAAGCAGUCAACAGGAAGGAGCAUUGCAGUAAAAGAAAUCAAAAGUUCGGCAUUUAAAGAUGGUUUGGAUAUGUCUGCCAUUCGUGAGGUAAAGUAUUUACAAGAGAUACAGCAUGAAAAUGUGAUUGAACUUGUGGAUAUAUUUCUGGCAUCUGAAAAUUUGAAUCUUGUUUUAGAGUUUUUACCUUCUGAUUUGGAAGUUAUAAUUAAGGAUAAAUCAAUACUGUUCACACCUGCUGAUAUAAAGUCCUGGAUGUUAAUGACUUUAAGAGGUGUUCAUCAUUGCCACAGAAAUUUCAUACUGCACAGAGAUUUGAAGCCAAAUAAUCUUUUGAUAGCACCUGAUGGACAAAUAAAAGUAGCAGAUUUUGGGUUGGCACGAACUGUUCCUUCCCCGCACGAAAUCUUAACGAGUAAUGUGGUGACACGGUGGUAUAGAGCUCCCGAAUUACUGUUUGGCGCAAAGCACUAUACAUCGGCAAUUGAUGUUUGGUCUGUCGGUGUGAUAUUUGCAGAACUUAUGCUUCGAAUCCCUUACUUGCCGGGGAAAAGUGACAUUGACCAGGUCGAAGUCACAUUCAGAGCAUUGGGAACUCCAACAGAUAGAGACUGGCCGGACGUAUCUUCUUUUCCCGCCUAUAAUAAGCUUCAAAUGUACACACCACCAUCCAGAGAAGAGCUGAGAAGAAGAUUCAUAGCGGCUAGCGAAAAUGCAUUAGACUAUCUAUGCGGAAUGUUGACCAUGAACCCUCAGAAACGUUGGAACACAGUUCAGUGCUUGGAAAGUGAGUACUUCAAGGAAGCACCAUCUCCAACAGAACCAUCAAAAAUCAAAAUAUCAUAA